AUGGAGCAAUUGGAGCCCAACGCUCUCAUGGCCAUUGAGGAAUAUCAUGACGGUUCAUCAGAGAUCAUUCAGCCAGUCCAGUUGGCGAAAACCAAACAGAAAUUGCUGAUAACAACGAUCCAGAACCAUGCUGUAUUAACAAGAAGAAAAAAAACAAAUUUAACUGAUGAGCAACGAAGAGCAGUUAACGAAUUCUUGCCAACAAAACAAAAAGAUCCAGAGCCAUCUUCCAAGCUUGUGAAAGGCCCUUUAAGCGUUGCAGCAAUGAGAUUCGGUGUAACAGCAGACACUGUUCGUGCAAUCUGGAAGCGUGCACAACAGUCCCUCGCUGAUGGCAACAUUUCAGCCGAUCUUGGAUCGUUCAAAUGUGGACGUAAUAUUCGGUCACUUGCUGCCAAAUUGAGCAUGUCGCGCGCCACUGUUCAUCGUCGCCUAAAAGAAGGUCUGAUUGUACCGCAUUCCAAUGCACUCAAGCCACAACUGAAUGAAAACAAUAUGAUCAAAAGAGUCAAAUUUUGCCUUUCAAUGUUAGAUCCUGUGCAGUCGCCGCUCUUUCAAGAUAUGAUGAACACGGUUCACACUGACGAGAAGUGGUUUUACAUCACGAAGACGAACGCGGAACAUUAUCUUGCUCCCGGGGAGCAAGCCCCACAUCGAAUCUGCCAUUGUUAG